AUGGCCCUACUGCAUUUGUCCCCGCAAUUACAGCUCCGCACUCGCCGACUGACAGCUACCAUCCUCACAAUGGACGACAGAAUCAAAGACACCCGAACCCAAAGCAAGGGUGAUGUCGAAACCAUCGAAAAUGUCAAGCCGGGCCAACUGCAGCAGCUUCCACUGCCGGUAGAACUGGCGAGUCUAGAGCCAGAGGAGAAAGAAGCUCUGGAAAAGGAUUUGGUGAAGAGACUGGAUUGCUGCUUACUCCCUGCGGUUAUUAUUUUGUUUUUGAUGAAUAUUUUGGAUCGGAACAACAUCGCCAAUGCAAAGAUCGCCGGACUUCCGACUACGCUGGGAAUCUCCAAUACGCAGUAUAACACCUGUCUGAUGAUUUUCUACGUUGGAUAUAUAAUAACCCAACUCCCCUCCAACAUGAUCAUCACAAAGGUCAAACCAUCCCUCUACAUUGGCCUCGUUACCGCCGCCUGGGGCCUCGUGUCUCUAUGCCAGGCCUUCACGCGCAACUUUGCAGGCCUGUUCAUCUGUCGCAUCGUGCUGGGUCUCGUCGAGGGACCGUUCCUGCCCGGCGUCUUCUUCCUCAUGUCCUGCUGGUACAAGCGGUCGGAAUUGCCGCCGCGGAUCGCGUUCUUGUAUGGUGCGAAUAUGCUGGCGAGUGCCUUUGGGGGGCUGAUUGCUGCGGGUAUUGUGGCGAGGAUGGAGGGGGAACUGGGGAAGCCGGCUUGGGAAUGGUUGUUCAUCAUCGAGGGAUCAAUGACUAUUGCUAUCGCCUUGCUUGUCAUCCCAAUUAUCCCGGAUUAUCCUGGGUCGACGACGCGGUGGUGGAUAAACCAGGACCAUCAAUUACUCGCAGACUGGCGUCUCCGCAACGAAAACGCCGGCAUCAUCGACGACGACCCCGAAUCCCUCCUCUGGGGCGUCAAGCAAGCCUUCCUCGACCCGAAACUCUACAUGUUCAUCGUGCUGCAGAUGUCGCUGCUCACCGCGCAGUCCUUCAACAACUUCUUCCCCUCGAUCGUCGGCACCCUGGGCUACAACGAGACCAUCACUUUGCUGCUCACCGCGCCGCCAUAUUUCUUUGCCUUCCUCUGCUCCUUGUGUAUCUCUUUCCAUGGCGCCAGAGUUAAUGAGCGGGGAUUGCAUAUCACUGUGCCGUUGGCGUUUGCGUUGUUGGGGAAUUUGCUGGCAAUGUUCACCCCCUCCCUCGGUGCCCGCUACUUCAGCAUGUUCCUCAUGACUGCCGGCUCCUACAGCCCCUACAACCUCGUCGUCUCAUGGCUCAGCUCCACGCUGCCGCGACCGAAAAGUAAACGCGCCGCGGCCUUCGCCGUCGUGAACCUCAUGGGCGCUGGUGUCGCGCACUUUUAUACUUCGUAUAUGUUUCCGGAUUCUCAGAAACCGAGAUAUUAUGCUGGUGGAGGGGUCAUGAGUGGGGCGUGUUUAGUAUGUGCGUGUACGGCGGUGGCGAUCAAAUUGCAUCUGAAGAAGGAGAAUCGGCGAAUUGAGAGGGUGGAGAGAGAGGGGGAUGGAGAGAGGGAUGUAGGUGGAUUGGUUGAUGGGGUGGUGAGGUUCAGGUACGUGCAUUGA